GCUUGUCAGGCGGCCGGGCACAGUCCCAAACCUGAACCACAACAAGCUCGAGGGUCGAAGCCGCCGCAGCUCGAACCCAUCGCUCCCUUCCCGCAGGCCGGCUGGCCGGCGACCACCGCCUUCCAAAAUCGAUGGCCUCAGCCUCAGCCUCAGCCUCAGCCUCAGAGACGCGUCCAAGCCGCUAUCGCCGGCUUCGGAAGGCCUCGGAUCUCUCUAACGUCACCACCGCCUCCCCAAUCUUCAAACGGAUUCGUAUGGGCAAGAAAGACACCAGUCAUGAGGACAGGAUCAGCAGCUUACCUGAAGAGAUACUACUCAUGAUCCUUGACAAGCUAGACACACGGACAACAGUAACAACCAUCAUCCUUUCGAAAAGAUGGCGUGAUCUUCCUCGACGUCUGCCCACAUCCUAUAACCUUGCUGUCGAUGACAUUCUCCCACCACGUUAUCACCGCCUCAAACACCUUAACGAAGAGGCUAAGUCUGCGUAUGAGACAGAAAAGAAUGUGCACAAGCUGACUGACAUCUAUGCCAUCAAGGCUCGUCAUGAGCGUUGGAUGGCAAAGAUCAGACCACUCACCGCCAUCCUAGAACGCUAUGGGCGCCGGGCCAUGAGACGCUAUGUCAAGCAGGUGAAUGCAUUUCUUCUGGCUUCAAAGAAUGUGCGUCAACUCCGGCCUGUCCAGAAGCUGAGGCUCCAAAUGCUAGGGCGUUGGCAUGAGAAUAUUGAUGAAUGGACCACCACAGCCAUUGUCAAGUGGGGCGUUGAGGAUUUUGAGCUUGUUUGUGAUGGCUAUUGCCUGGACUAUGACCUCAGGCAGCUAGAUGCAUACCGGAAUUUGCGGCUGGAGCGGCUUGCGCUGACCAAUUGCCAGCCUGUUUGUGUAUGGAGCUGCCUGACAGUAAAGAGGCUCACCAAACUCUCGUUGAGUGAAUCUUCAUAUAUGGGAAUGGUCAAUGGUAUUCUUGCAAACUGCGUGCAGCUAACUGAUUUCAGGAUCACACAAUCAAGAUAUUACCGAGCUAAUUUUGUUAUCUGUGCCCCAUCGUCGAAAUUAAAGAAUCUGCAAGUGGACAGGUGCAACUUUGGGAAAAUCCAUCUGAACUGUCUACCUUGUCUUGAAAUUUUUGUUUGCCGCGGUCGGCCAACCAAGUUAUUCUAUGGUGAGGUGCCUCAGCUCAGGCUUGUGAGUUUGGACUACUUACAAACUGAAGAUAAUGACAUAGAUGAUGAGUCUGGUUCCAAGAGGACAUAUCCACCGAGCAAGUUCUUCAAAAGGGUCCCACAACUAGAUUGCCUUGUUUUGCAGUUCAAAGGGCCCCAGAUGUGGAUCGAACCAUUUGUUGUUCUCAGCGAGUUCACUCAGCUCAAGAAGCUGUUCAUCGCAAAUGUCCCAGUGAACUGGGAUGCGCUAUGGAUUCUCCUACUGCUCGAUGCAACACCAGCCUUGGAGUCACUCCAUGUUCAUAUUGACAACAGCUCAGAAGAGAGAAGCGCAGGUGAUCUCUGCGACAGUCUGGACGCCGGUGUGCGGCAGGAUCGGUACCGGCACCUGAAGGAGCUCGUCGUGGCCGGCUUCGAAGGACUGGGAUGGCAGACCGGCUUUGUCAGGCUGAUCAUGAAGAGAUCUCCACUGCUGAGGCGCGUCCACCUGCUCGACGGGGAGGUCAGGGACGACGAGCAGGAGCUGGGGGCGCUGCAGAUCGUCCCACGCCGCCGGGAGUGGCACGAGUGCGAGCGAGCUGAGGUGCUCGACGACCUCACGGCUGGGUUUCGCUGGCCGCCUCAGAUAAUUCUGGAAUGAGUUGUGGCGCGUGCUUCUUCCUUUGUUCCAAUAAAAUCACAUCAUCCGGUGUUAUUAAAUUGGUUUAAAUAAAUUAAGAAGAAUGUAUAAUUACUUGUGCCUUGUGCUUUACUUACUUUGC